CUCUCACCUCCCCAGAAGGAAGCCCUAGGCAGUAGAUCUGAACCAAAAAUGGCGACGGCGCUGAAGAAGAACAGGAAGAAGAGAGGCCACGUCAGCGCGGGCCACGGUCGUAUCGGAAAGCACCGCAAGCAUCCCGGAGGUCGCGGAAACGCCGGAGGCAUGCACCACCACCGAAUCCUCUUCGACAAGUACCAUCCCGGUUACUUCGGUAAAGUAGGAAUGAGGUACUUCCACAAGCUCCGGAACAAGUUCUACAGCCCGAUCGUCAACCUCGACAGGCUGUGGUCGCUGGUUCCCGAGGAUGUGAAGGCGAAGGCGACCAAGGACAAGGUGCCGAUGAUCGACGUGACGCAGCACGGGUUCUUUAAGGUGCUCGGGAAAGGGCAUUUGCCUGAGGGGAGGCCGUUCGUGGUGAAGGCGAAGCUUAUUUCGAAGACUGCUGAGAAGAAGAUUAAGGAGGCUGGUGGUGCUGUUGUGCUUACCGCCUAGGGUUUUCGAUUGGUGUGUUUUAAUAUUUGCUAUCUUUUGGAAUCGUUGUUGAACUCAGAGUUGGUUGAGCUUUUAUGGAUUUUUUUGGAAUCAGAGAUCUUUUAAUCAAUAUUUAUUGGAUUAUCAUGCA